AUGCUAUUUCAAGGCGCCCUUUUUGCCGCUUUGCUAGGCACUACAGUGGCCAGCAGCGGCUCCAAUUCCAAAUGUCUAUCCUCCAACACGGUCGGGGCGGCCAACUACCAGCUCUGCUGUCCUGAAGGCCAAGGCUCCGGAAAAGGAACCGUGGGAGAUUCCGUCUUCGAGUUCACCUGCGGUCAGUAUCUCACCGGCAAAAGUGGCGCGGGCACGCAGCACCGACAGGUGAACAGUGCCAAGGACUGCGCACAGCUCUGUUCGAGUCCGGACUGUCCCGGGGCCUCCUGGCACAGCACCGGGAAGAAGUGUUUCGUGCUAGGCAGCGGAAACACCGACUAUGCUCCGUACUCGCCGGCAAGGGAUUGGAUGGUCCUGACCAAGUCGGCGGAGACCCCCGAGGAUCCCGAUCCGGAGGAGGAUUGCAAGGAAUUCAUCGAUGCGGCCAAAGAGACUGCCGCUGCACAGUGUGCCUCGGAGAAGGAACAACAGAAGAAGGAGUGUGAGAGCAACAAGGCCAGCGCUCUCACGGAGGCCAAGGCUCAAUGCGAAGCCGAGAAAGCUCAACUCAAAGAGCAGGCCGCCACCGCGGCAUCCCAAUGUGAGGCGGACAAGACCGCGGCGCUGGAGCAGUGCACGACCGAGAAGGAGCAGGUUCGUGGGGAGGAGAAAGCCAAGUGCGAAGCUGAGAAGGCCGAGCUCGCCAACGGCGCCACCGCCAGCGCAGAGCAAUGCGAGGCCGACAAGGCCGCAGCGCUCGCGGGCGCCAACCAACAAUGUGCGACCGAGAAGGAGCAGCUUCGACAGGAAGGAGAAGCGCAGUGCAAGUCUGAGAAGGAGGCUGCCAGCUCUCAGUGCCAGAAAGAGAAGGAUGAAAUUCGCCAGCAGGGUGACAGCAAGCUACAGCAGUGCCAGGCUGAUAAAGACAGCGCUCUCACCAACGCCAACGCUCAGUGUGCCACGGAGAAGGAUCAGCUUCAGAAAUUGGUGGACGAUGCUCGAUCGCAAUGCAAGUCCGAGAAAGACGCCGCCGCCUCUCAAUGUGAGAAGGAGAAGGACGAGAUCCGCAAGCAGGGCGAGAGCCAGCUGCAGCAGUCCAAGUCCCAGUGUGACGCCGAAAAGGCAGGCCUCCAGCAGAAGAUCAAGGAGUUGGAAGAAAAGGCCUCGUCGGUGGGGAGUGGCACUGGUGGUGGUCAGUGGCUGUCGGUCGAUGAGAAGUGUCGCAGCAACAGCUGGAGAAGUCUCUGCGAUGGCACCUGUUCUCAACGACAGUUUACUCUUGGCGGGGUGGAUUUCCAGGUCAAAUGUAAUGUCCGCACCAACGGAGCGGUUGAAGAGAUCUGGUGGUAUCGCCAAUCGAUUCUGGAAUGUGCUGAAGCAUGUGCCUUGAAUCCACGUUGCUUGGGAGUGGGAUGGAGGAGCUUCGGCGGGGAGCCUGAGAAGGGAGUCUGCCAUGCCAUGAUCAAAUGGGAUCAUAUCUACCAGCUCGUGAAUACUGCCUUCCCUCACUCCGGUGGUGAGCAUCUCAUCUACGCCAAGGGUCGCAUCACUCCAACUGGAGCUCCUGGCACCUGAGAAUGCUCAAGUACAUACACCAGCCACAUGUCGAAGCCAGGG